AUGGCUCCAUACUUGAAUCACUUCAACAUGUUGCAAAUCAUCUCCCUUCUAUACAUGUUAAUCACAGUCACAUGUGCUAGAUCAUCACUAAGCCAUGAUGAAGAGUGUUCAGCCUUGUUUCAGUUUAAGCAAAGCAUUAUUCAUCAAGAUGAUGAAGCACUUUGUGGUGCUAGUUGGUUUCAAACAUUCCACUCUUGGAAGCCCACAAGCAAUGCAUCGAUUGCUGGUUUUGAUUGUUGUUCAUGGCAUGGGGUGGAGUGUAGAAACAAUGAUGCAUAUGGUCAUGUGAUCGGCCUUGACUUGAGCGAAAGCUUUCUUUGUGGGCAUAUCAACUCUAACACCACCCUUUUCAACCUUGUUCAUCUUCAAAACCUCAACCUUGCCAUGAACGACUUUCACGAAUCUCAAAUCCCAUCCGAGAUUGCUCGACUAAAGCAAUUAAGAAGCCUAAAUCUCUCUUAUUGUGGGUUUAGUGGCCAAAUCCCAAUUGAAAUCUCACAAAUGAUUCAAUUGUCGUCGUUAGAUUUGUCAAGGAAUCCACUACAACUUCACACUCCUAGCAUGGAGAACCUAAUGCAAAACUUAACACGACUUGAAGAGCUCGAUCUCUCACUCGUUGACAUUAGUUCUUCCGUACCUCACUUUUUGGUCAACUUUUCUUCUUUGAGGUUACUUAGGCUAUAUAAUUGUUCGCUUCGAAAUGAAUUCCCUAUAGCCAUAUUCGAGUUACCAAAGUUGAAAUUUCUUAACGUGGCACUCAAUCCUAACCUCAUUGGUUAUCUUCCUGAAUUUGGCAACAACAACUUACUCGACUUACGACUUUCUAGAUGUUCAUUCUCAGGGCGCAUUCCACGUUCACUCUCUAACUUGACACAACUCACUUUCUUGACUCUUGGUGGCAAUAAGUUCACAGGAUUUAUUCCUUCAUUGGUAGGUCUUUCAGAACUCAAUGCUUUGGAACUUAAUGGUAACAACUUUGAGAAAGGACAAUUGCCCGAUUGGCUUGGUAAGCUCACUAAGCUUAAUCAGUUGUAUUUGUCCGAUAACAACUUAACCGGUGAAAUCCCAUCUUUUCUUGCAAACUUAACUAAACUUAGUGUUCUUUCAUUGGGAUUGAAUUCUCUUAAUGGUCAUAUACCAUCCUCGUUUUUCAACCUCACCCAACUAACAAUGUUAGACCUUCAAGGUAAUCAAUUGGAAGGACCAAUUUCAAGCUCAUUUUCUAAAUUCAAUGGUCUUCGAGCCCUUCGCCUAAAUUUUAACAGUUUUAUUGGUAGGGUAGACUUAGACAUAUUCCUAGGACUCAACAAACUGGAAGUUCUUAUGUUAGGUGGUAACAAGAUAUCAUUAGUGCCUACUGAUAACUACACCAUUAGCACCUUACCACAAUUGAAAGAUUUACAAUUGUCAUCAUGUAACUUAAAGAAAUUUCCUGGCUUUUUGCGCUUCCAAAAUAAAAUGAGGACAUUAGUUUUCGACCAUAACAAAAUUGAGGGUCGGGUACCAAUAUGGAUCUGGAAUAAUAGCCAAGAAACAUUACAAGUGAUUAGCCUUUCAUUCAACUUCAUCACUGGUUUUCAUCAGCAUCCUCAUUUUCUCACGUGGGGAUAUUUAGAAGGAUUUAUCAUCCGGAAUAAUCACGUACGAGGACAAAUACCAAUUCCACCACAAACCAUAGUUUUUUAUGAUGUCUCAAAUAAUAAUAUGAGUGGAGAAAUACCACCAUUGCUAUGUGAAAUGAAAUCUCUUCGAAAAUUAGAUUUGUCUUCUAACAACAUGAGUGGAACUCUUCCUUCGUGUUUUGAUAGCUUAAGCAAUUCGUUGGUGGAUUUGAAUCUAAGAGGAAAUAAGUUUCAUGGGACAAUGAUGGAUGCGUUUAUGCAUGGAAGCAUGUUGGAAAGUAUUGAUUUGAGCGAAAAUAGAUUUAUGGGUCAACUGCCAAGAUCGUUGACAAAUUGUACAAAUUUAGAGGUUCUCUCUCUCGGAGAUAACUCUUUUCAUGGCGUCUUUCCUUUUUGGUUGGGAACUCUUUCCAGACUACAAGUUCUAGUUUUACGUUCCAACAAGUUUUAUGGUCCAAUUCAAGGUUCGACAAUUGUUUCCUCACAAUUCUCUAACUUACGAAUCAUUGACCUCUCGAACAAUAGCUUUAGUGGUGAAUUGGACCAAAACUACUUCCAAACUUGGAAUGCCAUGAAAUCAGUAUAUGUUGGCGAAUCAUCGACUCUGGGAAUAGAAUUGAACUUCGAAGCAGGCUACUCAAAAUCAUCAUACUCGAUGACAUUAAUACACAAAGGUGUCAGAACAAAUUACGAAAAGAUUUUAACCAUAUUCAUGGCUAUUGAUCUCUCUUGUAACCAUUUUGAAGGAGAAAUUCCACUAUCACUCCAAGACCUUCGAGGGCUUCAAUCACUCAAUCUUUCCAACAACCAUUUUUCUGGAGGCAUCUUGCCAUCAUUGGGGUACCUAAAGAAUCUUGAAUCUUUGGAUCUGUCUCGAAACGAGCUAUGUGGAGAAAUUCCUCAACAGUUGGUGGAACUCGGCUUCCUUUCCAUUUUCAACGUGUCAUUCAACAAUCUUGAGGGGCGCAUACCCCAUGGAAAACAGUUCGAUACAUUCGAGAACAACUCCUACAUGGGGAAUUCUCGAUUGUGUGGACAACCAUUAUCCAAGGAAUGUCAAGAUUCAAAGGCGUCAGAACUUCCACCACCAACAAGAGAUACGUAUGACUCCGAGUUUGAGUCUCUCCUCCCAAGCGAAAGAAUUGAUUGGAUUAUUGUAUUUUGUGGAGUUGGAAGUGGGCUUGUUGUUGGGAUUUUAAUUGGGAAUUUUCUGUAUACAAGGUAUAGUGAUCGGUUCAUAAAGAGGAAGGAAAUAUGGGUAAGGCCACUUCGUAACACGAGGAGAAACCAAGGUACAAUAAUUUGUUAA